AAAAAAAAAAAAAAAAAAAAAAAUUGGGCUUCCCAAAUAAGGACGAUUUUGACUGAAGAAAACUUUUCUCUUUUCUUUUUUUAUCCUUCUCAACCUAAAAUUAAAUAAUGAGUGCUAACUGGACCCCCCAAGAUUGGAAAAACAAGCCUAUCGUCCAAGACGUCAUAUAUGAAGACCAAGAACAUGUGGACCGUGUGUUGAAUAAAUUAAACCGUCUGCCUCCAAUGGUAUCAGCCUCUGAGGUUGACAACUUGAGAUCCCAAUUAAAAGAUGCUGCUCUUGGUAAAUCCUUUUUAUUACAAGGUGGUGAUUGUGCUGAAUUGUUCGACUAUUGUUCUCAAGAUCCUAUUGAAGCUAAACUCAAGGUUUUGUUGCAAAUGUCCCUUGUCUUAACUUGGGGCGCACGUACACCUGUUGUUCGUAUUGCUCGUAUGGCUGGUCAAUACGCUAAACCUCGUUCCAGUCCCAUGGAGAUGCAUGAAGGAAAGGAGAUUCAUUCAUUCAGAGGCGAUAAUGUAAAUGGUUAUGAUCCCAGUGAUCGUAAGCCUGAUCCCGAGCGUUUAUUAGGUGCCUACUUCCAUUCAGCCGCUACUUUAAAUUAUGUGCGUACUUUGCUCGAUUCUGGAUUUGCUGAUUUACAUGAGCCUUCAAAGUGGAAUUUAAGCCACGUGCGAUCUGACAAUGUCAAGAGGGAAUACGAGACAAUUGUGCAACAAUUGACUGACUCACUUGACUUCAUGAAGACCAUUGGAGCUGAUAGUCCCAAUUCGAAUGUAUUAAACUCUGUUGACUUAUUUGUAUCCCAUGAAGCACUUUUAUUAGACUACGAGUCAUGUCUCACGCGUUUAUUAACUUCACCUACAAGUAAGGAAAAGAAGUGGUAUAACACAGGCUCUCACUUUUUGUGGAUUGGUGAUCGUACACGUCAACCUGAUGGAGCUCAUGUAGAAUAUAUGAGAGGCAUUGAAAACCCAAUUGGUAUCAAGGUAGGACCUAGCACUGUGCCCGAAGAAUUGGUGAAUCUAUUGAACACUGUGAAUCCCAAAAAAGAAAUCGGAAAGGUUACUUUGAUCACUCGUUUUGGUGCUGAAAAGGUGGAAAAAUUCUUACCUCAACACAUUGAGGCUGUUCGCAAAUCUGGCCAUAUUCCUGUCUGGGUCUGUGAUCCUAUGCACGGUAAUACAAAAACAGCUUCUGGUAACUUGAAAACACGUCAUUUCAUCGACAUCAUUCAAGAGUUAUCACAAACCUUUAGAGUGCACAAGGAUUGCGCAAGUAAAUUAAAUGGUGUACAUUUCGAAUUAACUGGUGAUUCUGUUACAGAGUGUAUUGGUGGAUCAAUGGAUUUAAGAGAUACAGAUUUAUCUACUAAUUAUCAGACACAUUGCGAUCCCCGCUUAAAUUACGAGCAAUCACUUGACGUCGCCUUCUUGAUUGCUAAAUACUAUGAAAAUGAAAGAAAAAACAAAGAUUUUCCUAAUUUGUGAAAAACGAACACGAUAUCUUUGACAGAAUUCGGCUUGUGUACUAAAUAAAAACAAACUAAAAUUUUAGUUCAAAUUAUAAUGUGAUCACUUGUUACUGCC